AUCACCUCGGGCAGGUUCUCGGAAAGGCGAUGCAUGCACUCUCUAAACAAACUUCUCAUCCUAUUUUCUUUUUUUUCAAAGGUCUGCCUGAGGAAGGUGAACGACACGGCCUCCCGAGUGGUGGGCCAGGCCUUCUUCAACGUCAUCCAAAUCCCCUGUUUUGAGUUUGUUCCCCGGGAGCAAUGUGUGGAGCCUUAUCUCUACGUUUGGUGCAAGAAUUAUAGCACCGUGAUUGUGGCCGAGGCGCAACAGCCGGUGCUGUAUGACUAUGGCGGGGAGGUCAUCGAUGGCCCGGCCACUCAGAGGCCAGCGAGCACGUCAGCAGCCCCUGGUCGAGAACUGACCACCUCUGGCACUCAAGCCAGGCCAAGCGGCUCCCCUCCGAAGCGCCGCAAAGGAAAGGGCAAAGGCCGGAAGGGUCGGAAGGGGAAAGGCUCGAAGGCCACCAAAGGGGUUGGCUCUGCGAAGUCACUAGAUGCACAAGGGUUGGCGAAGGGGGCCUUCCCGGGGCAGAAGUCCUCCACGGCAGAGGAAAAGACCUUCAACGCCAUCCUCAUGAGUUGUGCUGGUAGCAAGUAUAGGACUAAGACGGGUGGCACUGUGUGGGAGGCUCCCUCACUGCACUCCCUAGCAACCUCUCCCAGCCAUAGAGAGAGAAAGAGGAAGGGCAGGAGGAAGCACCUGAUGAAAGCAGAAGCCCAGUCGAACGUCCUAGGCGGCCGAGCCAUCGGCAAGUCAGUUCCGACGGCCAGCCUUCUUCUGACUAACCCCCUCACUCCCCGCUGGUGAAGCUGAUGCCCGUAGACCCAGAGCACCGAUCCGGCUAUGUGCCGCUACUCGCUUAAAUUAUGCCAUCUAGUACACCUUGCUGGCUCUUGCAGGAAGCAGCACGGAAUUUUGGGAAGGUUUUCAACACAGAACUCAAAACAGCAGACUUCCUGUUUUUGUUUUGGAUAGGCGAGAUUCUCGGGACGCCUGUUUCUGCACCAUACACACACACACCCGUUCUUCAAAGGCUCAAGACCAGAGUGGAACCCUUAGAAGGCCCCCCACCACCUCUGCUGGGACCCCCGCUAUUUUGGUUUCCCUUUAGAGAGAGGCAUGAUACAAGAAUAGUCUACCUACUCACUGGCCCGAGGGAAGAGAAAGAUGACAAGGCCUCUAUGCCAAAGACCGGCCAGGGGUUCCUGUUACCACCACCACACUAAGAAGAAGAAGAGUUGGAUUUAUAUCCCCCCUUUCUCUCCUGCAAGGAGACCUCCAAGUAUUACAAAUUCUUUUCCUUUCCCUCUACACAAUAAACACUCUGUGAGAGGUGGUGGC